UAUAUACAUUUUUUUUAAUUUAACAUUUUUAAAUGGAAGAAGAAAAAAGCGACAGAUGAGAGACGGAUUUAUUAAUUUAUUUAAAAGCUUUCAUAUUUUAAGCAAAUGCCAUGCAGUAAACCGAAAACAUGUCCAAUUUCUAGAAAGCAUGACGUGUUUUACUGUUGUGACGUAACUGCCUGUGAUGACGUAAUCGUUCCGGUCACGUGUUGGUAUGAAGUCAAAGAAAUGCCGGGAUUGUUGUCGCUGUUGUGAGUCUUCGAGUGAUUGUUGUUGCAUCAAGACACCUCAUGUUUGUACAAAAGUCGUGCAAAUUAUUUUGGUGAUACUCGACUUAGUGGUCACUGAAGUCGGUUUGUUUUUCCUCGCAUGCCUUAACAUUGAAUGGCGGAGAGGAGAGUUUCCUAACAUUGACUUGCACCGUAUCGUGCUGUGGUGCUCUCUCGUCACCACGUCCGCCAUCUUGAUUUUGACCCGUAAGGGAAGAAGGGGAGGAUUGGGAAAUCAGCGGGAAAUGGUGUGUCCAGUUUGCGGCGGGUACGAGGAGAUGGACUCGAUGUAUAAAGUCCAGAAAGAGCAUGGCUGGUCAUGGGAUUACGGGGAUUACAUACACUCGUUGGUAACGGCGACCGGUUUCAUGCUUUGUUCUCUUUCAUCGAUAAUUGAUAUUCCCAAAUUUUACGAACACCACGUUGAGGUCGACAUUAAAAUCGUUGGUUUUCUCCUCGAUCUCUUAUUAAGUUUACUCUACACCAAAUCUUGUAUGUCGGCUUAUGGAAGAUACCAAGGACCUCAUGCUUGCCGAUGCGAGAAUAUUACGUGGAGUAAAAAUAGCUCAACACCUCCGUCUAGCGGCGAUGAAACGUCGGACGAUGAUUCGAAAAAAAGUUUACUGAAUAUCCAGUCAAAACGAACACGAAGUAACAAGACAUAUUCAAAGUUCAACGGUUUAUAGUACGUUGCCAAAAUCAUGUAGUUAUGAGACAUUAUAUCUACCUACAUGUUUUGAACAUUUAUAUAUUAGGGUGGAGGAAGAUGGGACACCUUUAGCACAUAAUAUUCAAAUAUCCUGAUCGUGUUUUUAACAAUUAACAACGGUCUAUGGGAGUUGUGAAGAUACAGUUUUAUAAUUAUUUGAAUGUUCU